AUGUGUGGGUGAGAGAAGCCGCAUUUCUUCAUUUCGGCAAAGAGCUAUAAAAUGAAUGGACAUGCAAUGGCCGGCAUGCCAUGACUCGAUUGUUUUAUUAAUGCCGUUACUGUGACAAUGUAAAUUUCAAAUAGUAAUAAAAUUAGAAAGAGAUUACAUAGUGAUAAUAUUAGUUGCACACACCUUUACUAUUUCAUGUAUUAUGUUUAUUAUGAUUAUGUAACCCGUAUUGAUUAGCUCUAACGUCAUUUGUUUGGAUUACAGGUACCCGAUUUGUCAUAACUCGAUAAGCCGGGAUACAAUCCUGUAUAAUAUAUUACCGUCGUGUGGUCAGUCCAAAACUGGAUAUUUUUCACAAAGUGAAAUAGAAGAUUGGAUAUUUUACCAGAAGUGUAGACUUUAAAGGAGAAUGUUGCGUCCGGCUAAAAUGAAACUAUCACGGACGGGAUCUCAUAUGUGCGAGAACAUGUCACGUUGGCUGCAGACGAUCGGUUCAGCGUUCCUGCACGUGCUUACAAUUUGUCUUCUAUGUUUCUGCAUCUAUUUCGUUAACAUGGUAUUUGGGACGACGAACGACCAGAGCCACCUGCAUCCUGUUGAAUCCUAUGGAUACCUUGUUUCCAUCAUGUUAUAUAUUCUCAGAUCUAUACCAUACUUGUCAAUUCCAUUCGGCCUCACAAAUAUUUUAGGUAUUGUUACUAUGAACACGUUUCCACCAGCACCAACACUACAAGACGUCAAGGCCAAAAUCCCAUUUAUGUGUUUCCGGGUCGUGACCCGUGGACUGUACCCGGAUCUAGUGAAGCGAAAUGUAGAAAGAAAUAUUGAAACAUGUUACAAAGUUGGACUAGACAAUUUUAAAUUUGAAGUAGUGACAGAUAAUGUAUUAAAUCUUCCCAAAUCGGCAUUAGUGCGGGAACUGGUAGUACCAAAUGAUUACGUUACUAAAAAUAACUCACUUUUUAAAGCACGUGCUCUUCAGUACUGUUGUGAGCCGUCUGUGAACAUUCUGUCAAACGAUGACUGGGUAGUACAUCUUGACGAAGAGACGUUAUUGACAGAAUCAUCUACUAUUGGGCUGGCUAAUUUUGCUAGCCAAAAACACGGAGACGUAGGACAAGGUGUUAUCUCUUACGCUAAUGAAGAAAUCGUAAAUUGGUGGACGACCCUCGCUGACAGCGUACGUGUCUCUGUAGAUAUGGGUAUGAUGAGGUUCAGCUUUAAGAAACUCGGGUGCCCAUUAAUGGGGUUUAAAGGCUCGUACAUCAUAGCUAAAGAGUCUGUUGAGAAAGACGUUGGCUUUGACUUUGGUCCAAAGGGAAGUGUUGCGGAGGAUGUAAUGUUUGCUUUAGUUGCUUGGAGUAGAGGGUACAAAUUUAACUUCGUUGAGGGAGAAAUGUGGGAAAAGAGCCCAUUUACACUCGGGGAUUACAUCAAGCAGAGAAAACGAUGGUUUGUCGGACAUAUGUACACCCUUCUCAGUGAAGAAAUACCGUUCAAAUGUAAAAUUGGCAUGAUUCCAACUGAUUUGGGUUGGUUUCUGUUAGUUGGAAACAUUUUAAAUUUCCCAGCAUCCUUCGCAUUUCCAAUUCCACUUCCACUUGUGUUGAACGUAAUAGCUGGCAGCAUGGGAGGACUUAUCUUAUUUUUAUUCGUUUUUGGUUCAAUUAAGUCAUUUAGUUUAAGAAAAUAUGGACUUUUCAGGAAGACAUUGUUAAUUUUCGCCACCGUACCGGUUAUACCACUGGCCGCGUGUUUAGAUGCGGCAGCUUCCGUUUACGGGUUUUAUACAAGAAAUUCAGGUGGUUUUCACAUCGUCAAAAAGGAAACCAGUCAACUCAGUCAGAAAAGUGAACCGGGAAAGACUGUUGACAAUGUUGUGUAGGGUAUUUAUUGAUGUACAGUUUUCUUUAACAUACUGUUAAUUGUACAAGUUGUUUGGGCAUUUAGCGUGGAAGUUUCUCAAAGAAAAAGAACAGACGAACUUGUCCAUUUCUUAAACGUGUUAUGAACACAAAGGAUCGUUAAUUUAGUUUCGAGCUUUUAUGAGGGUAUGGUUGGCAUUGUAAAAAAGCUUGCCUGUUAUAUCACAUAAAGGCAAAUAUUUAAAUAUGCUAUCAUCAAUUACAAUCCAGAUAGUGUAAGCAGGGUCAAACUAAUUUCAAAGACCCCUUUAAAUCAAGCGACUCUUGAUGCUUCCCAUGUUGAAUAAUUUCAAUCAAACUGUCCUGUUUUACAAAUGAUAAAUGAUAAUAUAGUAGCCGAGGUCGUACUGGGAAAGGUCUUCUAAAAUAUUUUGUGAAUUAUCGACUGAAGCCAAGCUUCGCUAAGCGAUGGAAAUGAGAUUGAGGCAAAUCAAUAAGAAGACUUUUUGGAAAAAUAGAACGCGUCUCCCACUCGCUUAGCUCAAUAGGGAGAGCGCAGAUCUACGGAUCGCGGGGUCGUGACUUCGAGCCCUGGGCGAGACGUAUGUUCUCCGUGACGAUUUGAUAAAAGACAUUGUGUCUGAAAUCAUUCGUUCUCCACCUCUGAUUCAUGCGGGGAAGUUGGCAGUUACUUGCGGAGAACAUGUUUGUACUGGUACAGAUCCAUGGACACUGGUUAGGUUAAUUGCCCGCCGUUACAUAAAUGAAAUGCUGUUGAAAAACGGCGUCAAGCCUAAAACAAGCAAGCAAACAAAGAACGCGUCACCCGUAAAGUCCACUGCCCUCAACACAUCAUGUUUAUAUUAUCUGUGAGAUCAUUGAAAGCAUAGUACGCAGCAAGUCAAAAUAAUAGCAGACUCGAUUGGUUAGAGGUAAUGAAACAUGCAACAUCGCUCGUUACCCCCUCCACCCCUCUAGCUCCGGCUUAAUUGGAACUCCAUUAUAAUAGUAAAACCGAAUUGACUCCAUGAACCCAGCUUUUACUUUCCAACAAAUGCGUUAUUUUCAACACCCGGAAUACCAGUGCACUGUAAUCAUGAUCAUAACGAAAUACAUUUGGUAAAAUACAUAGACCAUGCAAAUAGGAGUAAAUGUUUUACAAUACAAAAUAUAAUUAUACUUCCCAACAAAUUAAACCUCCAUCGAAAGUCUUUCCUACUUCUAAACAACUGUUUAUUUAUAAAUUUAUGAUUCACGAUCAUUCUAGUACGUAUUCCAAAAUAAAAAUUUAAUUUGAACCGUGCCAUGAGAAAACCAACAUAGUGGGUAUGCGACCAGCACGGAUCCAGACCAGCCUGCGCAUCCGCGCAGUCUGGUCAGGCUCCAUGCUGUUCGCUUUUAAAGCCUAUUGGAAUUGGG